AAGGGAAAAAAAUAAUCUGAAAAAGGAUAUUUCCCACCGGCUUCCCUUUCGGUCUUCUCUCUAAUUGCUAUAGUUUUCUCAUUCCCUUCUAGUCACGAACAAAACGUUCCUUCUUCUCUAACCUCCAUAUAUAAAUACUUCCUACCCAUCAAGGAUUUCAUACCAAAACGUGAGACUGAAGAAGGGUUUUUGAUUUCUAUACUGUUCUGUUUUUCUGUAUUUUUCUGUUUGAAGAGUUAGACCAGAGAUGGAGCAGAUGAUGAAGAACACCACCAAUACCAACAACUACAGUGGAGGAUGGGAGAAAUUGAGAAGUAGUCAUCUGGGUAUUCCAAUUCACAGCCAAGUGAGGAAGAUUAAGCAAGAGUAUGAGAAGAUUAAGAAGGACCCAUCACCUCCACAGCUUGAAAUAAGGCCUGUAGUUAAGGAGAUCACAAGGCAGCCCUCACGCUCUCCGUUGGGACGAGUGGGCCAACCAAUCUCUGUUGGUGACUCAUAGAAAUAUUUGAUCCAAUAUAUGGACACCUAUGCAGAUUACAGAGAGGAGUAGGAAUAUAGGAAAUUAGGAGUUUUUGUUUUUUUUUUUUUUCUUUUUUCUGGGUUGGUCUGGUUUUCCUCUCUGUUUCUGGAUUUCUCUUUACUUCUGAUGUAAAUAUUUUUGUUGAUAUUGCAGUAGCUUUUCCAUGAUUUGAAACCUUGUAGAGGGAUGAUGGGCACCAAUUUUUUUGUGUCCAGUAGUCUCUGUUUUAAUGGGUUCAGGAAACACAGUUUCAUCCUCACCCUCUCAGUAUUGCACAGGGGUUUCAACAUUUUAAUUGAGUUCUAUAUAGUUGUGAUCUGAA